AAGAAGAAGAAGAAGGCAAGAAGCAGAAGAAGAACCUAGUCACGUGACUGGGUUGAGCAUCUUUUUGGUCCAUUUUGGAGGAUAUUAGCAAGAGCACCGUGCAACUCAAGAAAAUGACCAAACUACAAUUCUUAAACGUCUUUUUGACUGAACGUCUCAUGCUAGCUGCGCAGGAGAUUUACAAGUCUGUCGAGGAUACUAUUUUGGAGUACCAGGAGGAGAUAGCGAUCAGGGAGCGGGAGAACGACCAUCUGAGACGCAGGCUCCGAGAAGCUGGAAUUGAAAUAUGGCCAGAUCGUCCGUCCAUGGGGCUGUUGGAGGAAGAGGAUGGUGAGCAUCCACGUCGUGAGUGGAGUCCAAGUAUGGGGCAUGAAGAGCGUAUUCCUAUUCAGAUCAAGGACAAAAGAGAUCUGCGCGUUAACCAAGGAGAUGAUCAGAUUCGGGGUCAUGGCUCUUGUAGCACAUCAGAGAAUAUGUUCAGUCCUCCACGUGUUGCAAAUGAAUACCCCCAAGAUGGCCCCCACACAUCCAGCCUCCCUCAAAGUCAAGGUGUGGAGAACAGGGAAAGGGACCCUGCAUCUCGAGGCGCGUCAAGGCAUGUGAAGGCAGAGACUGGAGGUGGCCACAGGGGCUCCACUUCAUCCAACAGUGGAGCCCAGCCUCUUGCACCGGUCAACCCAAAUUGCUCAAAUGAGAACAAUAUUGAUAUAACUGGGGUAGAGAACGGUGGACAGAUGCUUGGUGCUAAGGGAACUGUAAAUGGAGCUAACAGAGUACAGGCUGCUGUCAUGCGUGGGCAAACAGCCAAUGCUGUAGACUGCCCCCAUCAAAAAUCCCCGUUACAGGGCCACAUGUCAUCUUUUUGCUGCAAGGUUUGUGGUGAGGCAUUUAGUCACAUUGGCCAUUUGCAUGUGCACGUACAGGUACACACUCGGGAAAAGCCUUACCGCUGUGGAGUAUGCGGAAAAUGCUGCAGCUCCUCCGGUAGACUUCAGGAGCACCAGCGGAGCCACACGGGAGAGAAACCCUUCCGCUGCCAGAUUUGUGGAAAGGGAUUCACACAGAUGGCUCAUCUCAAGGUCCACAUGAGGAUCCAUACAGGCGAGAAGCCGUACAGUUGCCCUGUGUGUGGCAAGUGCUUCAGCCGCUCUGACAAAAUCAAAAGGCAUCUUCAAACCCACAGCCGUGAGGGAACCUACUUUUCAGGGCAAUGAUGCAAGUGUUAACAACCCAUUUUAUAGAUCACAUUGAUGUGGGAAACUUUUCUAUAAAAAGAUAAAAUUGCUGCCGUUGACAAGGCUUUUCUUUCUAUUUUGCAAGAACUUUGAAUUCUGCAACUCUUAAAUAACAUUAUUUUUUAUCUAACUUAACACUUUUCAGUCCCUCAGUAGAACUUGUAUUAGUCAGUUUAGUAUGUCAUUUACUCAAUUUUGUAUUUCUCACUUAAUAUUACACUUUUAAGACACAAUUUGAGUUAUUAGCUAGCUGAAUUAUCUAGCCUUUUUGUAGUCACAAAAUUUAGCAUGAAGUCUUCCACACAUACAGAAACUUAUCAAGAAAUGCAAGAACAUUCAGCACAUUAAAUCCAUCAGUCACUUUAUACACUUAACUCCAUGCUUGAGUUUAAAAGCUGCAGAUUCUAUGACAAUUUUCCUAAGUCUUAAA